CGGAACGAAAAUAAGAGGUCCCGAACGCACGGCGUCCCGUCGCCACUUAGUACGCCUUCCUUCUUUCAUGGCAGAGCUACCACUAUCGCGCGUCAAAAAUACGGUAGUCACCUUCACCGUUGAUGUGUGUGUGUGUGUGUGUGUGUGUGUGUAUGUAACCGAUUCGGCGAACGAUUUUCUCCACGUUUUGUGCGAAAUUCUUUAACGCAUAGUUCGCCCGCCAAGGUGCUUAACGAAUGGGAAAAGGAAUUAUCGGAGGAGAAGCUUAUGACUGUAGCGUAACCAUCGAGCGUGACUUCCGCGACGCUGAGAAGGCCAUUGUUGAGCGUCGUUAAAUUCGGAAGACGACACUUACUGACUCGGUCGUCGUUGAGAUCUCUCGAGCAACACGCCUCUCACGACGGUGUCGACUCGUCACAAGCGACGAAGGAGUACACGUUCCACGGCGAGAUGACAUCGGAGGCUACUUCGGGUGACCUGCUGACGGACUGGGGGCAAGAAAUACCCACCGUCCAGGAGGUCAGCAAGUCCAUGCAGAACUUUAACAUGCCGGACUACACAGUGUUCGCCGCGAUGCUGAUCGCGUGCGGCGCUAUCGGUGUUUACUUCGGCUUCGUGAAGAAGUCUUCGGGCGAGGAUGAGUAUCUGGUCGGUGGUAGGAACAUGAAGACCUUACCCGUCAGCUUCAGCUUGAUAGCCAGCUUUGUAUCGGGUAUCUCGUUGCUGGGCAUGCCGACGGAAAUUUACGUGCAUGGCACGAGCUAUCUCUUCGUCGUCAGCGGGAUCGCCCUUGUGGGUUUAACCAUGUCCAACGUGUACUUGCCGGUCUUCCACGAGCUCAAGCUCACCAGCACCUACGAGUAUCUGGAGAGACGUUUCGACAAAAAGAUCAGAUUGCUAGGCUCCGUUCUGUUCUCCAUCGGUAUCAUGACUUGGCUCCCGAUCGUUAUCUACGUGCCUGCUUUGGCUUUCAAUCAAGUAACGGGAGUGAAUGUGCACAUAGUCACGCCCUUUGUGUGCAUCGUUUGCAUAUUCUACACCUGUGUGGGCGGGCUGAAGGCGGUGGUGUGGACGGAUUUCAUUCAAGCCUUCAUCAUGUUCGGCUCCAUGCUGUUAAUCAUAAUCAAGGGCACGUGCGACCUCGGCGGAUUGUCUCUGGUGAUUCGAAGAAAUCUGGAAUCCGGAAGACUCGAAUUCCCUUCGACAGACUGGAACCCUCUGACGAGACACACCAUUUGGAGUCUUUUCAUAGGCGGCUUCGUGCAUUGGUUACAAAUUUCCGGCAUCAAUCAGAAUAUGAUUCAACGAUAUUUGGCGCUUCCCAGUUUACAAUCAGCCAGAAGAGCACUCUGGUAUUUUAUAGCCGGAAUUCUGGCUAUAAUUGGGAUAUGUGGAUAUGCCGGUCUGUUGAUCUAUGCCUGGUAUCACGAGUGCGAUCCACUCACGACCAAAUUGGCGCGUGCGAAGGAUCAGUUAUUGCCGUUGUUGGUGAUGAAUGUUUUGGGAGAACUACCGGGGCUUCCCGGCCUCUUCAUGGCAGGUGUUUUCAGCGCCGCACUCAGCUCACUGUCGACCGGUUUGAAUUCCAUGGCUGCCGUAGUGCUGGAGGAUUUCGUCAAGCCCUUCAUCAAGACGCCGUUUACACGCAAAUCAACUGACAUUUUUCUGAAGCUCACAGUCGUCGUUUUAGGCGUAAUUUGUGUUGCUCUCGUUUUUGUCGUUGAAAAGACGGAUACUCACGUGUUACAGUUAUCAAUAAGCCUGUCCGCCAUGACCACUGGACCAACUCUCGCUAUAUUCAGCAUGGGUAUACUGUUACCAUGGGUCAACGCUAGAGGUGCUUUGGUCGGAGGACUCGCGGGUUUAGGCUUCAUGGGCUGGCUCGGCCUUUCCGCCGGAGCAGCCAUCGCUACUGGAAAAAUCAAAUUCGAAGAGAAACCUGUUACCAUAGAAGGAUGCACAUACUCAUUUCCCCAAGUGGAGAAUUUACUGUUAUUUGUGCCACCAGAUUCAACUUUAAAUGAAUCAAGCGCAGAGGAACCAUGGGUGGUAUUUCGUCUCAGUUAUCUCUGGUACACGACGAUCGGUGUUCUUGUAACUAUGAGCAUCAGUCUUAUUGUGACUUUAGUUACUUCUCAAGAUAUCGAAAAGUUAGAUCCUAUGCUUUUAGCACCGUUCAUGAGAAAAUACUUCAAGACUGCAGACGGAAAUGUAACAACUGAGAAGUUUCAUCAAAUUGAGAUUACAAAAUCGGACGUAAAGGUAGCAAAUAAUGAGGAUGACAAAUUAUUACAAAUAACUGCAACAUGAUGCAACUAAGUUAAUUUAAUUCUUGAAUUCCGGAUUCGUUCAAACAAAUAUAAUUUUCUUACAAUCAAUUCAUUACAUAAUUCACUAUACAGUUGGAUACAUGUCGAUUU